AUCUUUCUCCUACAUCCUACAUAAUCUGUGAAUCUUCUUUCCAUGUUUACACUGUUAUAAAGCAACUUCAACUAAUCCCGUUUUAAAUAUAAGCUAUCUACUCUCUCUUAGCCAUAAUGGGAAACGAAGCAGCACUAAGAUCAUCAAUGGUAGGUCUUGCAGUGGUGAUGGUAGUUGUAUGGUUAUGGACACAGUCUUUAAAGAAGACGGUUGUUACUUACGCCGUCGGUAUUUCUCUUAUUGGCGGCAUACUUUUGCCGGAUUGGGACUUCUUUGAUCGGAGUUUCUCUCGGUGGGGCUAUCCUGUCACCGCCGAGGAAAGAUCAGCCGCUCUCGCCCGCAAAUCUCAUCCUUCAAGGUUUAGAGUGUACCCUAUGAGGAUGGUUUUAUACGGCACGGUCUAUGGAUAUGCAGUGUAUAGGUGGUGGAUGUUCGUAUCAAAUUAUUGAAGCCAUAUUGUAUUUACUUGGUCCAUCUUUUUUAUGGUUUAGUGUUGUUGAUUAACAAAAUAUUUAGCUUCGUUUUAUUUUAACUUUGUAGAACAUGUAAGACUACCAGAUUACAUAUUGGUGUGUCCACAUAAGAUGGACAAAAAUUGUCAAA